UAUUUGACAAGUGUUCGGAACUGUCAAAUUCGUAAAUAAACAAAGUAGAUGUUCUGAUUGAUUAUUUACAACCAGCAUUUCUUUGUUAAUUAUCAAUUCAUUAUUGAAAGUUUUCACAUGAAUAGUGUAUCAAAGCAAAUAUAGAAAUGAGUUCUAACCCAGAUGAGCAAGAAGCUCAAGGCUGCCUCCAAGCUCUCUCCCUAAAUGAUGAUAAUCCCGAAGAGAAAACAAAAAUUCAUAAAAUUGAUAUAUACUUGAAACCUAUAGCUAAUGCACCCAUUAUGAAAAAGCAAAAAUGGUGUGUAGAUUCAUCGAAACAAAUUAGUUGGAUAUUGUGGUUUGUUGCCAAGUACAUAAAACUAGAACCACAAGAAAAAUUGUUCUUGUAUGUGAAUCAGACAUUUGCCCCUGCACCAGAUCAAAAUCUGAAAAAUCUCUACGAUUGCUAUGCUACCGAAGGAAAACUGGUCCUCCAUUAUUGUAAAACACAAGCUUGGGGUUGAAAUUAUAUUGUAUGUCUUCAAACCAUCAUAUUGUAUUUUAUGUAUAAGUCAUUAGUUUUAUUGAGGGUCAAUAUUUUUUAUAGAGAUUCAUAUUUGGUUUUUGUCAAAAGAAUUAUAAUUUCUUUAUA